AUGGAGCUAACAAUGAUGUUAUUACUUUGUUUAGUUUUUUGCAUUCCCUUUUCCUUUUGCCAACAAACUAAGAACAAUGGGAUUAUUUUUCAUUACAACAAUACGUACAUGUACAAUGUGCCGUAUGUGGUGUAUGUCAGUAAGAACACCGAAUACAUAAUGGAAUUUGCCGGCGACCUAGACGAAUACGACACUCCAGCUCGCGUAACAGUAGCAAGUGACUUUGCCAAUCGCACCUACCCGCUUUUUAUAACUGCUAGGCAACAGAAAGGUGUGUUCUCGUGGCAGCUGCCGAUGCUGGUGCAAACUCCCGACAGCCUGGAGCAGUUCACCAACAUCUCCCGCACGCUUUGUCCACACAAUAAUAUAUAUUCUGAGGAUGAGGACACAUGCGACGUGUCAACAUUAAACACACCUAUAGUCCACUUGACAUCGUCGUCUCCAGAGCCCAUAAUGGUCACAAUUACAGUCGAGACUGUCCAAGAUUUCUUCAUAAAGCUGAACACUGAGACUAACCUCACAACCACACCGAGCCAGCCCAAGUAUUAUUUCUACCCAUUCAACCAAGAGCCAAAUAAAAUGGUCGAUUUGAACGCGAUAAGUAUUAAACGAAAGUAUAUCUGUAAUAAGAGGCUCGACGAUUCAGAACAGAGAACGCUGGACAGGUACUUCGUUCAGAGUAACAUGGAAAGAAGCUACGGAUGGUUCUCCAGGCCGAAGAGUGUCAUCGUUAUGAUAGAAUCAGAUGACGAUAUUUGUGCAGUCAUCUCUAUCCAGAACUUCUCGUGUCCAGUUUUUGACAAUGAAAGAGACAUACUUUACGAUGGUUACUAUUUGACAAUGACGAGGCGGGGUGGUAUAACGUUAACGCAAGACACAUUCCCCCUGGGCUUCUACAUUGUCUUCAUUGUGAAAACUUCGGAUGAAGACUGUACGGCUGCGAGUGGGAACUCCACGUUGCCCCGCAUGGCGCGGAUAUUGGGCUGGGACGAAACCCGUGUAGAUGUGGCGGCGCCUGAUGGGAGGCUUAAACAAUUCAGAUUCAAGAUUAUCCAAACGAUAUCCUACCAGGAGUACAUGAUUGCGGCUGGCGCUGCAUUGGCUUUUUUUCUCUCAUUCUACGUAGCCUUCAUAAUCGCUGUUCUGUGCCAAAGGAAGAAGCGAAGCGACUCCUCUAUGGAAAGCAGUCAAACUGAAGAAGGUCGAGUGACAGUGGCUGUUGAUACACGUGGUAAAACCGAUACUUUGCCACGGCGACGCCGUACCAUAAACACGUUAGAUGCCAGUGGAAGUUCUAGACAGUGCUUAGCGGGUGAAGAACAACUUAUUCAAUCAGAUCGAAGUUCAAUGUCGGACACGGAAUCCGACGACUUUGAGGACGAUGCUACAGUGGAAAAAGACGACUAUAUGCAAGGUGGUAAACUUUGCGUGGCUAACUUGUCGAGAUGUCGCCCACGAGUGCUGUCAGCGCGCUCCAAGAUGUAUCUGUGGAAUGUGUUGACUGUAGCCGUGUUCUACACGCUGCCAGUUAUACAACUUGUAGUCACCUACCAGCGACUUUUGAACCAGUCCGGCAACCAGGACCUGUGCUACUUCAACUUCUUGUGCGCGCACCCGUUGAUGAUGCUGUCGGACUUCAACCACGUGUACUCGAACCUGGGCUAUGUGUUGUUGGGCACGUUGUUUCUGCUGCAAGUGUGGCGGAGGCACCAGUGGCACCGCAGCAAGACUGCCAUUGAGAAGGAAAUGGGAAUCCCACAGCAUUUCGGUCUUCUGUACGCAAUGGGAGUGGCGCUGGUCAGCGAGGGUCUGCUCUCCGCAGCCUACCACGUUUGUCCCAACAGUAUGAACUUCCAGUUUGAUACAUCGUUCAUGUACGUAACGGCCGUGCUAUGUAUGGUGAAAAUCUACCAGUCGAGACAUCCGGAUAUCAACGCUAGGGCACAUGCCACGUUUGGCGUGCUGGCGCUGAUCAUCUUCUUAGGUUUGGUAGGUGUUCUGAACGCUAACUUUUACUUCUGGGUGGCGUUCACCGUGCUGCACCUGGUCACGUGCCUAGUGAUGACAUUCCAGAUCUACUAUUUAGGCCGAUUCCGACUUGGUGGUGGCAUGGUGUGUCGAGCGGCCCGGGCGCUGGCGGCGGCGCCGUGUGCAGCCGUGACGCCGGCGCGCUGCGGGCGCGGCGUGCUGCUGCUGCUGGCCAACCUCGCCAACUGGGCCGUCGCCGCACUAGGUGUGGCGCAACACGGUCGUGACUUUGCGUCUCACCUGCUGCUGGUGUUGAUGAGCAACCUGUUCCUCUACACGCUAUUCUACAUUGCCAUGAAGCUACUGCACAGGGAGUCUAUCCGCUGGUACAGCUGGGUGUACAUAGCUCUGACGUACUCGGUGUGGUUCGGCUCCAGCUACUUCUACCUGGACCUCAGCACCAACUGGGCGCUGACGCCGGCGCAGUCCCGGCAGAGCAACCGCGAGUGCUCGCUGCUGCAGCUGUACGACUCGCACGACGUCUGGCACUUCCUCUCCGCCACCGCCAUGUUCUUCUCCUUCAACAUGUACCUCACCAUCGACGACAACCUGGCGAACGUGCCGCGCACGGAAAUCAUGGUCUUCUAG